GUCUAAGGACUUAAGUCACAAGGGUAAGUGCGAACUAAGGACUGCUAGUCGAAAAACUUUGGUUCUAAACUCGAAAAGUAGGGGAAGAGGCGACAUCAACUGAUUCAAUAGACGAAACAAACCUGCAAUUUCUCUCCAAAAAAAUGAGUCGUCAACCAGAAGUUCUUUGGGCUCAACGAUCUGAGAAAAUUUACUUGACCAUAUCAUUGCCUGAUGCUAAAGACGUAACAUUGAAAUGUGAAGGAGAUGGUGUUUUUAAUUUCUGUGCUGUUGGUGUCCAAGGCGAUUCCUUUACCUUCACUCUCCAACUUUAUGGGAAUAUUUCCCCUGAGAGGAGUAAGCGGUGUAAAACUAAUGUGGGGUUGAGAAACAUCCUCUGCUCAAUCCAAAAGGAGCAAAAAGGCUGGUGGCCAAGAUUAUUGAAGUCUGAAGAGAAGCCCGCCCCAUACCUCAAGGUCGAUUGGAACAAAUGGUGUGAUGAAGAUGAUGAAGAAUCUUCGGACUCUGACGAUGAUGUUGAGUACACUGGAGAAGAUGAUGAGAGCAGCGACGAUGGAGGAAUGCUCUAUCUUCCGGACCUGGAAAAGGCUAGAGGAAAUUAGAACCAGCUGCUGAAAACUUUCAAAAGAGGCUGAUCGCCGGAGGUGUUUAGGAUUUAGUCUUUAGCAAACAAAUGUAGUAAUGACUUUCUUGCUCAAGUAUUCACAUGUAUAGAGCUUGUUGGAAGACUCAUUUUAACCAAUGUGUUUCACCCUUUCAGAAGAAACACUACUUAGGACUA